AUAAUGUGGUUAGCUAAUACUUUACAGAUAUCAUGUUUUACACUCGAACCGCCGUAAAAAUAUAACGAGCUACCGGUAUAUAAGUGGGUAGAGACUACCUGGACAUCACCAGCAAGCAGACUUCUUUUCCUUGGAAGCUACCCGAAGCAGAAUGCAGUCGCAGGUUAUCACGGCACUUGCCGCCUUGCUGUUGUGCGUGGCCUCCACUUCUGGUACAGCCAGAAGGAUGUAUGGAAUGCGCUACAUUCACCAUCCGUACCAGCCUGACCCCCGCGCCAAUGUUGUUGACGAUCUUGGAGACUCGGAGAUGCUGCCAAAGGUGUCGAUGGAGUGCAGUUACAAAAACAUGCCGGACGACCCGACCAAUUACUACUGCUGCUCGGUGGAUAAACAUAUGGAAGUCCCGGCGAUGCGCACGUCGGGCGACGAGGAGUUGCGGUGCAGCGCGAGGAGUUUCCCGCCAGAGGACCAGGAGUACUUCUGCUGCCACGUGUCCGACCAGGUACCCGAGUCCCGCGGCCAGCAGCGGGUGCCUCCCCGCUCCCCGCAAGAGGCCCCGGGAACCCGGCAUCUCUACCCCGGGCUACGAGCGACGUUACUAGCAGCGGCGCGCUCCAACAACUGAACAACUGGGACAGUCUGCAAACACCUGGUCGAAACCUCGCAUCACCGUCAUCACCUUGCGACGACCAACACGCAACUCACCAAUUUUUGUUCCUUCCAAACCAACUGAUACAUGUUUACAACAGGGCUUUUUUUCUCUCUUCAAAUAUUUUAUUUUAGUACUGCUUGGUGAUGCACACUUUCGCUAACACACCAAAAUUGUGGCUUUUAUGUAUGUAUGUUAUGUAAUACACGUGUUUGCUUGACGAUUAAAUAAAUGAAAUAACGCUACUUGAAA